AAUAUUAUUAGUUGACUAGAAUGUUUAUUUCUUCUUUCCUCUACAUAACUAAUUUGUUCAUCAAUUGAUCUCAUCCGAUCCAUACACUUUAGUUUUUCUUUUCAGACAAUUAAUUGAAUCUAUGGCAUCUUCUUCUUCUGUGAGUAGUCCUCGAUGCAAGUACGAGGUCUUUCUAAGUUUCAGAGGCGAAGAUACCCGGAGAAAUUUUAUGAGUCACUUGUACCAAGGUUUGAAAAACAGGGGAAUAGUCACCUUUCUAGAUGAUAAAAGGCUAGAGGAUGGCGAUUCCAUCUCAGAAGAACUCAUGAAAGCGAUAGAAGAGACUCAAGUUGCCGUAAUCAUUUUCUCAAAGAAUUAUGCUACGUCAAGUUGGUGCUUGAAUGAACUAGUGAAGAUUAUGGAAUGCAAGAAGAAAGAAAAUGGACACAUGACAGUUAUACCGGUCUUCUGUAAUGUGGAUGCAUCACAUGUUCGAUACCAAAGUCAGAGCUUUAAAGAAGCAUUUGCCAAACAUGAAUCGAGGUAUAAGGAUGAUGAUGCGGGAAUGCAGAAGGUGCAACGAUGGAGAACUGCCCUAACUGCUGCCGCAGAUCUAAAAGGAUAUGUAUUCCCUAGCAGGGGUGAGUCAGAUGCAGACUGUAUUAAGGGUAUUGUUGAUCAAAUUUCGUCUAAGUGCAAUACUUCAGUAUCUUAUUUGCAAGACGUUAUGGGUUUAGAUACUCAAUUAAAGAAAGUAGAAUCCCUACUAAAGAUGGAAAUCAAUGAUAUUGAUCGGAUUGUGUGGAUCUGGGGUAUGGGAGGCAUCGGUAAAACGACAAUAGCAAAGAAAAUUUUUUAUGAGCUCUCGUCCAAAUUUGAAGUUGUUUGUUUCCUUGAGAAUAUCAAAGAAAACAAACACAAAAUACACUCUCUCCAAAAUAUCCUUCUCUCUAAACUACUAGGGGAGAAAGAAAAUUGCGUGGAUAAUAAGGAGGCGGGGAGGAGCAUGUUGUAUAAGAGACUUCUGCUAAAGAAGGUUUUAAUUGUGCUUGAUGACAUAGAUCACAUAGACCAGUUGGAAUACCUAGCAAAGGAUCUCAGUUGGUUUGGCAAGGGUAGCAGGAUUAUUGCAACCACUAGAGAUCAACAUUUGAUAGGGGAAAAUGACGUAGUAUAUGAAAUGGAAACACUACUUGACCGUGAUGCUAUUAAAUUGUUCAAUCAAUAUGCUUUCAAAGAAAAAGUUCCAAAUGAGUGUUUUAAAGAUCUAACGUUGGAGAUAGUAAGUCUUGCUAAAGGCCAUCCUUUAGCCCUGAAAGUAUGGGGUUCUUCAUUACACCGGAUGAAUAAAACUGAGUGGGAAAGUGCCUUGGUCCAAAUAAAGAAAAACUCUGGUGUAGAAAUUACUGAAAAUCUCAGAAUAAGUUAUGAUGGGUUGGAGUCCGAACAACAAGAGAUAUUUCUAGAUAUAGCAUGUUUCUUUCGAGGAAUUGAAAAAGAAAAAGUCAAGCAAGUUCUUGAGAGCUGUUAUUCUAGACCAGAAUUUGGAUUGCGUGUUCUAGUUAACAAAUCUCUCGUGUCCAUCUCUGAAUAUGGUAAGAUUGAAAUGCAUGACUUAAUACAAGAUAUGGGUAAAUGUAUAGUGAAAAAGGGAAAGCAUCUGGGAGAACAUAGCAGAUUAUGGAAUGUUAAAGAUUUCAAAGAAGUGGUGGACAACAAUAUGGGGACCAUGGCAGUGGAAGCAAUCUGGCUUACUUAUUCUGGAGAACUAUGGUUUAGCAAAGACGCAAUGAAAAAUAUGCAAAGGCUUAGGAUAUUAUGCAUACAGAGUUAUCCUUGGGGGUUAUUGAAUACCUACAAGGACCAAUCUUCCCAAAGUGAUUCAGAAGAUGAGUACUUGGGAGUUAUUGAAUACCUUUCCAACAACUUGUGUUGGUUUGUCUGGCAUGAAUAUCCUUGGAAGUUAUUGCCAAGAAAUUUUAAUCCCAGAAGGCUUGUUCAUCUUGAUCUCCGAUGGAGUUCAUUGCAUUAUUUAUGGAAUGAAACAAAGCUGCAGCAAUUUCUGUCUCUACGAAGGAUAGAUCUAAGUCACUCCAAAAGCCUGAAGAGAACACCAGAUUUCAAGGGGAUGCCAAAUUUGAAGUAUUUGGAUCUAAACAAAUGUAGGAGUCUUGAAGAAGUUCAUCCUUCCCUCAAGGAUUGCAAAGAACUCAAGCAGUUAAAUUUGUCUUUUUGUUCAAAACUUGAGAGGUUUCCAUAUGUUAAUGUGGAAUCUCUUGGAUCUCUGAAUCUAUAUUACUGCCCUAGUUUAGAGAAAUUUCCAGAAAUCCUUGGAAUAAUGAAGCAGGGAACUGCCAUACAGAUUAUAACGUCAUACACUGGGAUAAGGGACCUGCCAUUAUCUUUCUUUGAUCACCAACUUCAUCUUAUAGAGCUACGUUUGGAUGGCAUGAAAAACCUUGUAUCUCUUCCAAGCAGCAUUUGUAAGUCAAAAGGUUUGGUGAAGCUAGAUGUGUCAAAGUGCUCCAAACUUGAAAGCUUGCCAGAAGAGAUAGGUGAUUUAGAAAACUUGGAGGAGCUUCAUGCCAACAAUACUCUAAUCUCACGUCCUCCUUCUUCCAUCGUCCGGUUGAACAAACUUAAAUCAUUAACUUUUGCAAAAGAAAAAUCAGAAGAUGGAUUGUUAUUUGUGUUCCCUCUGGUGAAUGAAGGGUUACUCUCAUUGGAAUAUCUGGAUCUCAGCUACUCCAAUAUAAUAGAUGGAGGACUUCCGGAAGACAUUGGAUGUUUAUCCUCUUUGGAAGACUUGAAUCUCAGUGGAAAUAAUUUUGAGCAUUUGCCUCAUAGCAUUGCCCAUCUUGGUCUUGAAUACUUGAACUUAUCAGAUUGCCAGAGGCUUACACAGCUGCCAGAAGACAUUGGAUCCUUAUCCUCUUUGGAAAAGUUGUAUCUCCAGAGAAAUAAUUUUGAGCAUUUGCCUCAUAGCAUUGCCCAUCUUGGUCUUGAAUACUUGAACUUAUCAGAUUGCCAGAGGCUUACACAGCUGCCAGAAUUUCCACAGCAAUUACACACAAUACAUGCAGAUUGGAGCAAUGCUUCGAUCUGUAAUUCGUUGUUUCAGAACAUCUCAUCAUUGCAGCAUGACAUCUGUUCUUCACAUUCCUUGUCACUAAGAGUGUUUGGGAGUUGGUCGGAUGAUAUCCCAAGAUGGUUCCACCAUCACGAAGUUGGUAGAAGUAUAUCAGUCAAAUUGCCUGAAAAUUGGUACAUAAGUGAUAACUUCUUGGGAUUUGCUGUAUGUUAUUCUGGCAAACAUAUUGAUUGCAUCACAGCUCAUUUGAUUCCCUUAUGUGAUGAUGGGAUGUCGUCGAAGACCCAGCAAUUUUCCUUAUCCGACAAUUCAGAAUUAGACGAUAUUGAUGAAUCUGUUAUUAAUUUUUUGUUGGUACCUCUUGGUGGCUUAUGGGAUGCAUCUAAUGCAAAUGAAAAAACACCAAAUGACUAUGGGUGCAUUAAGUUAGAUUUUAUUGGAGAAACAGAUGAUGCUUUUGGAGAAACAGAUGAUGAUUUUGAAGAAACAGAUGAUGAAUUUGGAGAAAAUAUGAAAUUUGGAGUUCGUUUGUUGUAUAAAAAUGAAUCUGAGCUUUGCAUUGGGAAAAGGAAGAGUAGAUAUGAAGAAGAGGCCACUUGCUCCUCUUCUAAGAAACUCUUGCAGCUCUUUCCCACAAGCCCCGGAUUAUAGCUAGAUGUAGCUGAGCUUUGCAUUGGGAUAAGGAGGAGCAGAGGCCAGUGGCUCCUCUUCUAAGAAACAAAGGUCACAAGUAGAUUAAAUAUAGGAAGUAUGGAAAUAAAGGGGUCAGCUUCUUGGCAUACUAGGAAGCAUGGAAUUAAUUAGGAGGGCGUUUUUUUCCAUGAGGAUUCUUUGAGGUCGUAGCAGGGGUAAUUUGAGCUUGUGAUUGGACUUUUAGCUAGCCAUUUCAUUAUUUAUAAGCCCUGUAGGCUUCAUCUUCUCAGGAUACAACACAACUAACUGAUAGUUCUUGAAGCUGUUUUAGAAACAACAAUAGUUACUCUAGAACUGAAAAAUUGUACUAAAUGAUAGUUGUAGUACAAAUAGUUGUGAAUAUUAACGUGUUAUUCAUGAAUCAUGAUAAUAAAAUUCCACCUCUUAUGUUUUUCCUUU